GUCUAUCCUCCGGGCUCUGGCCCCUUCCGUUGACAAAGUCCCGUUUAACGAACCCACUAUGACAACCCCAUCUCGCCCCUGCCUUCACUCUCUAACCACUGCCACACACCCCUCUAAAUCGAGGGCCGAGACCCUGUACCAUCAACGUCGUCGGUGAGUGGUGGUGAAAAUGAUUAUUGAUGUGGAUCGAUCGGAAUGACAGUGAGAAAGAAACAGAGGAAGUUAAGAGAGAAGGUUUUGGAGCAAUUUUCUGCUAUAUUCCCAACAAAAGGUCUUUGCCCUUUAUUCUAGCACAAUCCUAACUUCUUAGUAAACAGGAAAAAAAAGCAAUAAUUAAAAUAGACCACUAAGUAAUUAUCCCAUCCAAACAAUGGACACAUAACAAUUACUUAGUGGGGGAAAGGCCUACUCAUCAUGUUAUGGUUAUUGCAAUUUCAAAUUCACUGAAGCAGGUUUCAAUGUCGGCUACUGUGAUCUCUAGCAAUGGCUCUCAAUUGGCUGUUUACCAGAAAUUGAUAAAAUCCAUCCGUGGAAAUCGCAAGGAGGUUUGCGAGUCUGGUCAUUACCAGUAAACAAAGGUAUGAUAUCUGGGUUUUGUUUUCUUUUAGUUAAUAAAUAUUUCGUUUUUCUAAAGUAAUUGCGCAAAAAAAAAUUAAUAAACCUAUUAUAUUCUAUGUGGAUGGAGACUUUGGAAGUUUGUUGAAAAGUCAACAAAUGCCAUGUCUUAAAUGUUUAGUUGAAGGAGUGGGUGACAAUGGAAUAUUGGAAUAGAUGGAAUAGAGUUUUGUGUUGAAUUUUUACCAUUGACUUGAUGACUUAUGUGUGGAAAUUUUGAGCAUUGACUUGAUGACUUAUGUGUGGAAAUUUUGAGCAUUGACUUGAUGACUUAUGUGUGGAAAUUUUGAGCGUUCAUACAUAUUCAUUUCAUCAUAUAUCAAAUGUUUACCAAGCAAAGCUAAGCAACCAAAUCUAUCCGGAAGUUUAAUGUUGUGAGUGUCUCUACAAAGCCACCAUUUGCUACUAAAAUGGAAUGUUGGGCUUGUAGUAAGCGGAAAUCAUUGCAAUAUUCAUUGUUGAUGUUAAUGAUGAUACAUAUUCUAGUGGCUGGGCAUACACAAGGGGAUUGUGUAGAAGAGGAGAGAAAGGCACUACUGGAAAUCAAAGCCUCCCAUAUGAAGUCAUAUGAUUCUGAAAUUGACAAAUUUCUCCCUACCUGGGUUGAUUAUGGCAGUGGUACACCUGGUGAUGGUGGCAACAACUGUUGUGAUUGGGAGAGGAUCAACUGCAGCACAACAACAGGGCAUGUGACAGAACUCUCUUUGUACAAUUUAAGAGGGGCAAAAGAUGUUUACAUGGAUGAUGAGAACAAGUUGUGGCCAUUGAAUGUUUCCUUGUUUCUUCAUUUUAAAGAGUUGACAAGUCUCAAUUUGUCAGAUAAUUUUCUUGAUAAAGAGUUUAUUAAGACAGGACUUGAAAGGCUGUCGAGUUUGAAGAAGUUGGAGGUACUAGACCUCAGUUGGAAUUAUGAUAUUGACAACGGCAUCCUUCCAUCAUUGAGGACACUCACUUCACUCAAAGUCUUGGAUCUUAGCUUCACUAGCUUGAAUGGAAACUUUCCAAUCAGUGAAUUUGCUGCUUUAGAGAACUUGGAGAUGUUGGAUCUAAGCAGCUGUGGCUUCAAUGGUACCUUUGAGGUUCAAGGUUCUGAGAGGGUUUCCGUAUUGAGGAAGUUGAAAACUUUAAAUCUUGCGGGCAACAGAUUUAACGAAAGCAUCAUAAGAUCUUUAAAUACCCUUUCAUCGCUCACAAGCUUGGAUCUUAGCCACAGUCUAAUGUCAGGACCAUUUCCAGCUCAAGAAUUUGCUGCUUUAGAGAACUUGGAGAUGUUGGAUCUAAGCCACUGUGGCUUCAAUGGUACCUUUGAGAUUCAAGGUUCUGAGAGGGUUUCCAUAUUGAGGAAGUUGAAAACUUUAAAUCUUGCACACAACCGCUUUAACGAAAGCAUCAUAAGAUCUUUAAAUACCCUUUCAUCGCUUACAAGCUUGGAUCUUAGCGACAAUUCAAUGUCAGGACCAUUUCCAGCUCAAGAAUUAUCACAUCUCACUAACCUGGAGGAGCUGGAUUUAAGUUCUACCCAGCUCAAUGACACACCAAAUAUCCAAGCUUGUAAGACCGUAUUGAGAUUGAAAAGGCUGAAGAGUAUCAAUCUUUCAAGCAACAGCAUCAACAAGAGCGUCAUAUCAUGCCUAAGUGUCCUCCCAUCCCUCAAGAAUCUUGAUCUUUCUUACUGUUCAUUGGGAAGUUUCUUUCCCGUCCAAGAAUUCCUUAAUUUGUCUGAUUUGGAAGUCCUUCUCUUGACAGAUAAUUAUUUCUAUGGAGUAAUACCAAUGGAAGCUUUUGCAUCUUUCCACCAUCUAAAGGUCUUAGAUUUGAGUGGAAACAGUUUUGUUGGUAGCAUCCCAUCAACAAUUCAAGCAUUAUCUUCCCUAAGAGCUCUCUCAUUCGCAUACAAUCAGCUCAAUGGCUCAUUACCGGAUCAUGGCUUGUGUGAGUUGAAGAACCUCAAUGAGUUGGAUCUUAGUCACAACAUGCUCCAUGGAACUCUGCCUCGGUGUUUGAAAAAUCUAUCAUCUCUUAAGCUGUUGGAUAUUUCUUCAAAUCAAUUUUCAGGGAUACUUGUCUCAUCACUCAUUGCUAAUCUUACAUCUCUCGAAUACAUUGAUUCUAGUCAUAACAAAUUUGAAGGUUCGUUCUUGUUCAGCUCCUUCUCCAAUCAUAUAAAGCUUGAGGUCGUUCGAUUCAGAAGCGAUAAUGACAUAUUUGAGGUGUUAACAGAAGAGCCUAUAGGCUGGAUUCCAAUGUUCCAGUUGGAAAUUCUUGAGCUAUCUAAUUGUAAUAUGAAAAUGUUUCCUGGGUUUCUACUUCACCAACGCAAGUUACAGCAAGUAGACAUGUCUCACAACUCCUUGGAGGGACAAGUUCCUAAUUGGUUGAUUAAAAACAAUAAGAAUUUGGAAGUUCUUCGUCUAAGGAACAACUCCUUUGACAGUAUGCCGUUGUAUAGGAAUGCUAAUACGAAGUGGUUGGAUAUGUCUGGAAAUGGCAUGAUAGUUACUAUUCCUGACAAAUUACCAGAGUUCUUUCCCAACAUAGAGUAUUUGAAUUUGUCCAUGAAUAGCUUAAGUGGUGUUAUCCCAUCCUCAAUUAGUGAAUUGAGUGAAUUAGAGACACUGGAUCUAUCUAACAAUGAGUUAUCAGGAGAAGUGUCAAAAGGAUUGUUGACAAACAUCUCUAAGUUGAAUUUGUUAAAACUAUCAAAUAACAGUUUGCAUGGCCAGGUACUCUCAGGAAACUUAAGCUUGAGUAGCCUCCAAUAUGUUUACUUGGAUGGCAACCAUUUCAAAGGGAAAAUUGGAACUAAGAGCAAGGGAUAUGAUCUUCUGAUUACUCUGGAUAUUAGCAAUAACUUGUUCACAGGUAUGAUCCCCGAUUGGAUAAGCAACAUGAGUAUGUUGUCUGAACUUGUGGUGAGAAAUAAUAGUUUUGAAGGCAUUUUUCCAUGUGGAGUAGCUUCAUUCUCUUUUCUCGAUAUCUCACAAAAUUCUUUCUCUGGGCCCAUCCCAUCCUGUUUCAAUUCGCAAUAUAUGAAGCAUCUUCAUUUGGGUUCCAAUAGAUUCACUGGAUCAAUACCCAAAUUCUUUCGUAAUUUGACUGAAGUUUUGACUUUGGACAUUGGCAACAACAACUUGUCAGGUAGGAUUCCUAAAUUUAUUGGCGAACUAUCCGAUUUAAGGAUUCUUCUUUUGAGAAAAAAUAACUUUACCGGAUCUAUUCCCAAGCAGUUGUGCCAAUUAAGUGACGUGAGUUUGUUAGAUUUAUCAUAUAACUCACUUUCCGGUUCAAUACCUAGCUGCCUUCAAAAUAUUACCGGCCCAACUGACCUUGCUUUCUUAAAAGAAUUCCAAAUAACGUUUUCCAUUGAUUCCUCUUUCCAUUAUUGGGGGAUUCAACGGGUGCGUUCGAUCCCCACCGGCAUUGAUGUAUUGGAAACAGAAGACGAAGUUCAAUAUACAACAAAAAGGCUCUCUCUCAGCUACAAGGGUGGCAUCCUUGAUUACAUGGCGGGAUUGGAUUUUUCCUGUAACAAACUAUCCGGUGAAAUUCCACAACAACUCGGAUUCUUAACCCAACUGCGUGCUUUAAACCUGUCUCACAAUCAGUUGACUGGACCCAUUCCAGUGAGCUUCUCAAAUCUUGCCAAGAUAGAGAGCUUGGACCUUUCUUCAAACGGUUUGACCGGAAAAGUUCCAUCACAACUCAUUAAGCUCUCCUCUCUAUCUACUUUCAUUGUUUCUCACAACAAUCUCUCAGGCAGACUCCCAGAUAUGAAAGCACAGUUUGGUACCUUCACAGAGGCAAGCUAUGAAGGGAAUCCACUUCUUUGUGGACCACCACUCGUGAAGAAAUGCACAACUACUAAUUCACAGCUGACCCAUCCAUCAGAUGGAGAAGAAGAAAAUGAGAAAUGGUAUGAUAUCGAUAUGGCAUGCUUCUAUGGAAGUUCUAGUUCCACAUGUUUUGUUUUCUUAUUAGGAUUCGUUGCACUUCUGUACAUCAAUCCUUAUUGGCGUAGAAAGUGGCUAGACUUGGUUGAAGACUAUAUGCUUACAUGUUAUUACUUUCUUUAUGAUUUAGUACGGAAGCCUUAUAUGAUCAUCCAUAAGUAGGACCUCCUUUGGAAUUUGUGAUAGAAUAAAUGCAAACUUGUUUUCAUAUGUAUUCAGAUUUCUCUGUUUUCAUAUAUGUAUGAUGAUGUACAAGAAUAGUUUAGUAAUUUAAGUGUUAUGCAAAAGUAUUUGAUUUA